AUGUCUACGCCACUGGUGCUUCGGCGCAACUUCUCCCUCUUGAACCGGAUACCACAUGCGCGUAUAGUCCGAUCGGCAGCACGAGAUGGCCACGAGCGAGUCAUAAUACAACGAGUGCGUAUAGGGCGACCAUUCCUCAGCAGGUCCAUAAGUGUUGAAGUUGAAGAGGUCAACGACGGCGGGUGGACAACGGUCGGCCGAGAAGCAGACGAUGAAGACGAAGACGACGACGAAGAAUACGACCCUAUACUAUUCAUACCCACCGGCUUUUCCAGGCUACAGCCGAAGAGAUUUUGGAAAGGGUCAGAUCCAGAAUGGCAACAGUUCAAGAAGCUGGCGACAGACCGUCCAAGGGUUGACAAGAUACGAGGAGAAUUAGUCUACAGAGUACGAAACGCUUUCGCCAAGCACCCAAUUCUCGUCGCAAAAGCCGGCAAAAUCGACACGAGCAAAGGCAAAGUGUGGAUUGAGGUCAAGUUUCCAGACACCACGCCCGACGAAUACGCACAGCCCGGGAUAGAGCUGUUGGAGGAUGGAACGUUGCGGAAGGCAAUGAGACCAGUCGACAGCACUGUUCACCACCGCCUGAAUCGGCUAUUCUAUCCCAAGGAGGCAGCAAAGGCCAUAUACAACAGCACAACGAGCAAACUAGGAAGCUCAUGGAAAGGAUUCAAAGUCUAUAUGGGCUGGAGUCCAGAAUCGAAGACUGAGACCGUCCAGGAGCUCGUUCAAAGAAUAAGCGCCAACCCGCGAUCAUCGGCGAACCCCGCGACGAGCGUCACUACAAGGCCUUUCUCCACGUCUGCGACACCUACCCAGCAGCCAGGUGCGUCGCCCUCUGUCGCACCUGUCGACGGCGCUACCAAGGACCUCGACCGCGUCACAAUCGAUCCCAAAAAGUUCACACUAGACCUGUCGCAAUUCCAGGCCGACUUUCGCAGAACGUUCAAACCAUACCCACACCCAGUUCCGCGCGGCGCCUUCGUAGUGAUGGGCCUUGUCGAGGUCUAUGGCGAGCGGGCCAAGAUCACGGUCAGUGUGCACGCUGUGUACGACCCCAAACAAGGUCGCUACGUGGGCGUGAGUGCAGUGCCGUACAAUUUUGUGGAAUUCCGUCAGUCUCCAAAGGGCGGGCCGUAG